CAGAAACCUGUCUUGGAGAAAACUAUGGACAACCUGCCUCCUAUUCGCAGUGUUCCCAGUAACUCCACACCUAAUGAGCCUAUCAAAAAAGAAAAUCGUGCUGGCGUCCAUAAAGUGCUCCGAAAUUACAGGGACUGGGACAGGUUUGAUAUUGAAAAAGAACUAUCAAAAAUUGAUGAGGACACUGAGAAAACUGAACAGUCCAAGAUGGUAAAAAAUACAACAGCUGCAAAAAUAAAGAAAUCAAUAGACACAUCAGGUCUGAUCUUGGAGCAGAAGAACCUUCUUGCACAAAGGGAGAAGGAAAAAGGAAAUGAGGCCUUCAGAAGUGGA